AUGCGCGAUGCUCAGACAGAGAAGAUGUCCGGGACCCCCGUUAAUUCUGCCUGUACUGACUGCAUAUCCACGCCGCAUCUCAACUCAACACAUCAUCAUUUUGAUGAAGAUGAAGAACUUCUGAAGUACAUCUGGAGAGAAUACCUGCAUCCUAAACAGUAUGAAUGGGUGCUCAUAGCAGGAUAUAUUAUUGUCUUCCUUGUUUCUUUGGUGGGAAACACCUUAGUUUGUUUUGCAGUAUGGAAAAAUCAUCACAUGCACACAGUGACCAACUACUUCAUUGUGAACCUGUCAUUUGCUGACAUCCUGGUGACAAUCACAUGUCUUCCUGCAAGUCUUGUGGUGGACAUUACAGAAACCUGGUUCUUUGGAAAGACCCUUUGCAAGAUCUUACCUUACUUACAGACAAUCUCUGUGUCUGUAUCGGUCCUGACACUAAGCUGCAUUGCCCAGGAUCGCUGGUACGCUAUCUGCCAUCCACUGAAGUUCAAGAGCACUGCCAAAAGAGCCCGCAAUAGUAUCAUCUUGAUCUGGCUGGUUUCCUGUGUCAUCAUGAUUCCUCAAGCUAUAGUUAUGGAAUGCAGCAGUCUGCUCCCAGAGCUCACUAACAAAACCAGCCUAUUCACUGCGUGUGAUGAACAGUGGGGAGAUGAAAUCUACCCUAAAGUCUACCAUACCUGCUUCUUUAUCGUCACAUAUUUUGCUCCAUUAUGUUUGAUGGUCCUGGCAUACAUUCAGAUCUUUCAUAAACUCUGGUGUCAACAGAUUCCUGGUACAUCCUCGGUUCUUCAGAGGCAAUGGAAGUCAUUGCAGUGUUCCACACAGGCCUUGAGCUCUGGAGAAUCAGUUAAAGUCAGAACCAGUACCGUGACAGCUGAGAUCAAACAGGUUAAAGCCAGACGUAAGACAGCUCGCAUGCUGAUUGUGGUACUCUUUGUCUUUGCCCUCUGUUAUCUUCCCAUCAGUGUCCUCAACAUCAUGAAAAGAGUAUUUGGGGCUUUUAAGAACACAGGUAAUAGGGAGACUGUCUAUGCUUGGUUCACCUUCUCACACUGGCUGAUUUACGCCAACAGCGCUGCCAACCCAAUCAUCUACAAUUUCCUAAGCGGCAAGUUUCGAGAGGAGUUUAAAGCGGCGUUUAUCUGUCAUUGCUUCGGAAGAGAUGAGUCGCACAAGGAGAGAGUUAGAGGAAGAACUAGCACAGAUAGCCGUAAAUCCCUGUCCACUCAAGUAAUCAAUUUUGACAACAUCUCACGGAUAUCUGAUCAGGCUGUGUAGAGGACUGGCAGGAUUAAUCCAACAGAGUGCCAUUUCAGCGGUCACAACUGCUGACCACCAACUGGAAAAAAGAGAAUCUGCGGGCCAUGCUUUAAACUGAGAGAUGAAAAUGGAGUAAAUUCAGUAACAAGAUGAAGUGACGUGUGGAAUCACAA